AUGAGUAUUAGUAGUGAGGAGCUUAACUAUUUGAUUUGGAGAUACCUUCAAGAGAAUGGGAAGGAAGUAAGUGCGCUGGCGCUGCAAGAUGAAACUCGAGUGCUUGAUUUCGAUCGCAAAUACAGCAAGGAUAUCCCGUUUGGAACGCUUGUGAAUUUGGUGCAGAAGGGUAUACUCUAUACAGAAUGCGAUUUGUUGGUUGAAUAUAACGGCGAGAUGAAGAAAGUUGAUGAAGAACACUUUACGCAGGACUUCAACUUGGCACAGGCUCUUCAGGUGGAGAAGGAAAAGGGACCUGACCGACUGAUAAAUGGGAGAUUUGCUCUAGAAAGUGAUUCCAUGGAUGAGCAGCCGAAGGAGGAAGACCAGAGGGACCUGCAAAGGCAAGAGGAGGGGCCGAAGAGCGUCGAGGAGGGCAUAGAGGCGGAGGGUUUUAUCAAGACUUUGAAAGAAUUUUACAAGUUGGGGAAUAUUGUCAGUACGUGCUGGAACCCGGUUGAGAAGUCGAUGCUCGCGGUCGGGGAGAAGCAUUCACAGGCUAGGAUCUACUCGUUUGACGAAAACAGUGGUGCUUUGUUGAAUGAGAUAGAACUUAAGCAUCCUUUUGCGCCCACCAGUCCAGUCGGCAACGCGAACAACGAAUUGUCCUGUCUGGCGUGGUCGCCAAACGGAAUGCAAAUUGUUACAGCAGUCGAGAACGGUGAGCUGCGUCUGUGGAAUAGGGAUGGAAGCUUACAGAAUGUCUUCAACUUUCACCGAUCGCCGAUAGUAUGCAUAAAGUGGAACAAAGAUUCUGCGCACUUCAUCACAGCUGAUGUGGACAAUGUGACGGUGGUAUGGAAUGCCACUACAGGUACGGCGAUCCAACACUUUGAAUUGAAGGCUUCCGAGAGCUCUGGUGAUUCGCUAGGGGUAGACCUCGAAUGGGUAGAAAUUGAUAAGUUCAUAAUUCCUGGUCCUCAGGGCUCUUUAGUGGUGCAUCAAAUAGGAGAAAGCAAGCCUGUGGGUCGUUUGGUUGGUCACCAGGGUGCCAUAAGUGCACUUCAGUUCAAUCCAGGCAAUAAGAUGCUUCUAAGUGCAUCCGACGAUCAUACUGUGAGAGUUUGGCGAGGCGGUAGCAGCAAUCCAUCUUACUGUUUCCUUGGUCAUUCACAAAGCGUGGUAUCUGUUGAUUGGGUUGACGACAAGAGGGUUUUAUCGGCAUCUAUGGAUGGCUCAGUGCGAUUGUGGUCACUGGCAGAUAACUCGUUACUUGCUAUUUCGGUCGCUGAUGGAGUACCUGUGUUUUCAGCUAGACUCUCACAAGACAAAAACAAAUACGCUGUUGGCUUCGUUGACGGUCAGGUUAUUGUUUAUGACAUGAAAUCUCUGCUCGCUAGUUUGGAUACUCGAAAGAGAUAUCCUAUUCCAUUAUCUUUUCCCAUCUACGGUACUUAUCAAAGCCCGACCAACGGAGACAACGUCUUUGACCUUUCCUGGGCCUUCAAGAGUGACAAAGUCGCGGUGGCCUUCUCUACUGGGCAAGGAUCCAUUUUGUGUUUGUAA